CUCCGCGGCGGGAAGAACGCAGGCGGUGGCCGCAGAGCCACAGGAUUCCGGACCAUGAGUACAGGCGAGACAGACCUUCAAGAGCAGCGCGACUUUCUAGGCUCAGCCCGUGAGACCCCGUGCCCCCGAAAUUAGAUUCGGAGCCCCUCAGUGUGACACGCGCUCCCACGCACGCACACACACACCCGGUCACCUCAAACGCACCUGUGCGGCGCCAGCCCCCCCUCUGCCUGAGGAACCGGCGUAGCUCGCCUCAGGGAGACCGAGUUUCCAGACCGGAAACCUGGACUCUCGGCGUGGAGACCCCAAACGCCCCCAGUCUGAGGACCUGUCGCUCUAAGAUACGCUUCCGACCGUAGGACCCUGGACCUCUCCAGGGAAACGUCCUGCACCAUGGACACCAACAAGCUGGAAGAGAAGCAUCCUGAAGGAGAUGCGGCGAAACCCGAGUGGCAACCCAAGGUCAAAGACGAGUUCAAAGACAUUUCCAUAUACUUCUCCAAAGAAGAAUGGGAAGAGAUGGGAGAGUGGGAGAAAAUUCGCUAUAGAAAUGUGAAAAGGAACUAUAAAAUGCUGAUUUCUAUAGGUCUCAGAGCCCCUAGACCAGCUUUCAUGUGUUACCAAAGGCAAGAGAUCAAGCUCCAGAUAAACGACAGCGAGGAUUCUGAUGAGGAGUGGACGCCUAAGCAGCCAGUCAGUCCAUCUUGGGUGCCUUUCCGGGUGAAGCACAGUAAACAACAGAAGGAAUCACCUAGGAUGCCAUUAAGUGGUAAAUCUAAUGUGAACGAAGGGUCUGGAAAUUUGCUGAAAACAAGUGGCUCAGAACAUGCCCAGAAACCAGUGUCCGUCCCUGAAGAAGGAAAUACCUCCGGACAGCACUCUGGAAAAAAAUUAAAACUCAGGAAAAAGAAUGUUGAAGUGAGGAUGUACAGGCUGCGAGAGAGAAAGGGCCUUGCAUAUGAAGAGGUCAGCGAGCCCCAGGAUGAUGACUACCUCUAUUGUGAGAAGUGCCAGAAUUUCUUCAUCGACAGUUGUCCCAACCAUGGGCCUCCACUAUUUGUAAAAGACAGUGUGGUGGACAGGGGACAUCCCAACCACUCAGUCCUCAGCCUGCCCCCUGGGCUGAGAAUUGGUCCAUCGGGCAUCCCUGAAGCUGGACUUGGAGUGUGGAAUGAAGCGUCUGAUCUACCAGUGGGUCUGCACUUUGGCCCCUAUGAGGGCCAGCUCACAGAGGAUGAAGAGGCAGCCAACAGUGGAUACUCCUGGCUGAUCACCAAGGGAAGAAACUGCUAUGAGUAUGUGGAUGGACAGGAUGAGUCCCAAGCCAACUGGAUGAGGUAUGUGAACUGUGCCCGGGAUGAUGAAGAGCAGAACCUGGUAGCCUUUCAAUAUCACAGGAAAAUCUUCUACCGCACCUGCCGGGUUAUCAGACCAGGUUGUGAGCUUCUGGUCUGGUAUGGGGAUGAGUACGGCCAGGAGCUGGGCAUUAAGUGGGGAAGCAAGAUGAAGAAAGGACUCACAGCAGGAAGAGAACUAAGGACAGAGAUUCAUCCCUGUCUUUUGUGCUCUUUGGCCUUCUCAAGUCAGAAAUUCCUCACUCAUCAUGUGGAAUGGAAUCAUCGCACUGAAAUCUUCCCAGAAACAUCUGCAAGAAUAAAUGCCAAACCAGGAGUUUCCCGUCCAGGUCAGCUUCAGGAACAACAUUGUGAUUCACAGAACAAAAAUGACAAGGCCAGCAAUGAAAUAAAAAGAAAAUCCAAUCCCAGGCAUAAAUGGACAAGACAGAGGAUUUCAACAACCUUUCCCAGCACACUCAAACAACAAAUGAGAUCUGAGGGAGGUAAGAGAACUGUGGAAGAAGAGAUCAGAACAGUUCAGUCAACAAAUACAGACGACAAAGUCAAAUCAGUUAUUGCAUCAGAAAUCUCAAGAGUUGAAAGACAAUGUGGGCAAUGUUUCAGUGAUAAGUCAAAUGUCAGUGAGUGCCAGGGGACACACACAGGGGAGAAGCCCUGUGUUUGCAGGGAGUGUGGGCGGGGCUUUACACAGAAGUCACACCUCAACCGUCACCAGAGGACACACACUGGGGAGAAGCCCUAUGUUUGCAGGGAGUGUGGGCGGGGCUUUACACAGAAGUCAAACCUCAUCCAGCACCAGAGGACACACACUGGGGAGAAGCCCUGUGUUUGCAGGGAGUGUGGGCGGGGCUUUACAUGGAAGUCACUCCUCAUCCAGCACCAGUGGACACACACUGGGGAGAAGCCCUAUGUUUGCAGGGAGUGUGGGCGGGGCUUUACACUGAAGUCAGACCUCAACCGUCACCAGAGGACACACACUGGGGAGAAGCCCUAUGUUUGCAGGGAGUGUGGGCGGGGCUUUACACGGAAGUCACUCCUCAUCCAGCACCAGAGGACACACACUGGGGAGAAGCCCUAUGUUUGCAGGGAGUGUGGGCGGGGCUUUACACGGAAGUCACUCCUCAUCCAGCACCAGAGGACACACACUGGGGAGAAGCCCUAUGUUUGCAGGGAGUGUGGGCGGGGCUUUACACAGAAGUCAGACCUCAACCGUCACCAGAGGACACACACAGGGGAGAAGCCCUAUGUUUGCAGGGAGUGUGGGCAGGGCUUUACACUGAAGUCAAACCUCAACCGUCACCAGAGGACACACACAGGGGAGAAGCCCUGUGUUUGCAGGGAGUGUGGGCGGGGCUUUACACAGAAGUCAAACCUCAUCCAGCACCAGAGGACACACACUGGGGAGAAGCCCUGUGUUUGCAGGGAGUGUGGGCGGGGCUUUACAUGGAAGUCACUCCUCAUCCAGCACCAGUGGACACACACUGGGGAGAAGCCCUAUGUUUGCAGGGAGUGUGGGCGGGGCUUUACACGGAAGUCAAACCUCAACUGUCACCAGAGGACACACACUGGGGAGAAGUAAUAUCGUUUCAAAAAGAAAGAGAAAGCCAAUAGCAAUGAAACCACAUUUCAACAAUUACAGGAAGACAAAUGUAGCCACUAAGCAUCUGCUCUAAAACUUCUGAGAAGUCUACUGAUUUUCAAAACUAGAAUAUAAAAUGACUA